GCCCUGUGCUGGGAGGGGCUCGGGGCCACCCUGGGCUUGGCCUAAGGGGCUGGGGCAAACUGGACAGGGACUGUGGGGCGCCCCUCUGCCUGGCACGCACCUCCUCAGCUCUGGCAUUAAGAGGGGACCGAUCCAGAGAGAAGCUGGCCCACGUGGCAUCGCCCACUGUGGUGGUCAGGGGAGAGGCUGCCGCCAGCAGGACAUUUCUUGAGAGUCCAAAGCCCCAACUUCUAAGUUCCAGUGUCCAGUGGGAAGACGGGGGUAAGGGGGGAGUUCGAGAUCGCAAUGACCUAGACUCAAGUUCUGCGCCUGCCCCUUUGUGGUCCGUGCCAUCUUUAGCUCUAAGGCUGCUUUCUGUUUCAAAUGGGAGCGUACCCACCCUGCUGGACUACAAGACGACGGGUGACCGUGUUAUCGGUUCAGGGUCUCCAGGUGAUAGCGGCUGUUAUUCUUGGCCUCAGAAGCCAGCCCUCCCUUUGAGAAGGAAGGGGGCCUAGCCUUCGGGGAGCAUUGGGCACAUGCAGAGCCUUGCACUGGCCAUGCUAAGGCUGUCUGGUGUACCCUUGGCUACAACCCCGGAAAGGAAGCAGCCACUGGAUUUGUGACAUUCAGCUCCGGAGCCAUGGCCCGUGCGGCCAUGUACACUGGCAUUUAAUGAAGUAGAAAGAGUGAGAUGCAAUUAAACACUCCACUCCUCACAGGAGCCCCGUGUCAGGUGCUCUGUCCUCACACGUGGCCUGUGGCUCCAGGAUGGACGGUGCAGAUACAGGCCAUGUCCGUCCCCGCAGAGGUUGUGUCAGACGGUGCCACACUGUGUUGUUGCCCCAUUUCACGGGUGUGAGGUCCAGGACUAGGUCAGUGACAUGUUACUCUCGGGGUCCCAACCAGAGGAGAGGGAGCUUGGGGCUUAGACCUGGGCCCACAGCUGCGUCCAACACGCCGAGCUGUCCUCUGCCCAGCUCGGAGACCUGCCCUUUCACGAGCCCUCCAUGGGCUCCCUAGUGGCGAGGACUAGGUCCGCUCUUACCCCCACUCCUGGCCCGAGGCCUGCCCCAGGGUGGACACGUGGGACGGUGUCUGCUGAGUGGAUGGGAGAAGGCACAACCGGGUGGGCACUGCCUGCGAGGACUUGGGUGGUCACCGCCUGCGAGGACUUGGGUGCACGCUUAACUCCCCUCCUGCAGGAGGAAGCACAGAGCCAGCUGCUGGGGAGUGAUGGAUGGCCCCUCUCCAGAGAUAAAUGUGGCAGUCAAGCCCUGCUGUCCUCCUGGUGUGAGGAGCUCGGCCGCCUGCUGCUGCUCCGACAUCAGAAGAGCCGCCAGAGCGACCCCCCCGGGAAACUCCCCAUGCAGCCCCCCCUCAACUCCAUGAGCUCCAUGAAACCCACUCUGUCACACAGUGAUGGGUCAUUCCCCUAUGACUCUGUCCCUUGGCAGCAGAACACCAACCAGCCUCCCGGCUCCCUCUCCGUGGUCACCACGGUUUGGGGAGUGACCAACACAUCCCAGAGCCAGGUCCUCGGGAACCCUAUGGCCAAUGCCAACAACCCCAUGAAUCCAGGCGGCAACCCCAUGGCGUCGGGCAUGACCACCAGCAACCCCGGCCUCAACUCCCCCCAGUUUGCCGGGCAGCAGCAGCAGUUCUCGGCCAAGGCUGGGCCCGCUCAGCCCUACAUCCAGCAGAGCAUGUACGGGCGGCCCAACUACCCCGGCAGCGGGGGCUUCGGGGCCAGUUACCCCGGGGGUCCUAAUGCCCCCGCAGGCAUGGGCAUCCCUCCACACACCAGGCCACCUGCUGACUUCACUCAGCCCGCGGCUGCUGCCGCAGCAGCUGCAGUGGCGGCGGCGGCAGCCACAGCCACGGCCACAGCCACGGCCACUGUGGCAGCCUUGCAGGAGACGCAAAACAAGGAUAUAAACCAGUAUGGACCGGUCUGUUCCUCUUUCCAGAUGGGUCCCACCCAGGCGUAUAACAGCCAAUUCAUGAACCAGCCCGGGCCGCGGGGGCCUGCCUCCAUGGGGGGCAGCAUGAACCCCGCAAGCAUGGCGGCUGGCAUGACACCCUCGGGGAUGAGCGGCCCUCCCAUGGGCAUGAACCAGCCCCGGCCGCCCGGCAUCAGCCCCUUUGGCACGCACGGGCAGCGGAUGCCCCAGCAGACCUACCCGGGCCCCCGGCCCCAGUCCCUUCCCAUUCAGAGCAUAAAGAGGCCAUACCCGGGAGAGCCCAACUAUGGAAACCAGCAAUACGGACCAAACAGCCAGUUCCCCACCCAGCCCGGCCAGUACCCCACCCCCAACCCCCCACGGCCGCUCACCUCUCCCAACUACCCGGGCCAGAGGAUGCCCAGCCAGCCGAGCACCGGGCAGUACCCACCCCCCACGGUCAACAUGGGGCAGUAUUACAAGCCAGAGCAAUUUAAUGGACAAAAUAACACCUUCUCGGGAAGCAGCUACAGUAACUACAGCCAAGGGAACGUCAAUAGGCCUCCCAGGCCAGUUCCCGUGGCAAAUUACCCCCACUCACCUGUUCCAGGGAAUCCCACUCCCCCCAUGACCCCCGGGAGCAGCAUCCCCCCGUACCUGUCCCCCAGCCAAGACGUUAAGCCACCCUUUCCACCUGACAUCAAGCCAAAUAUGAGCGCUCUGCCGCCACCCCCAGCCAACCACAACGAUGAGCUGCGGCUCACGUUCCCGGUGCGGGAUGGCGUGGUGCUGGAGCCCUUCCGCCUCGAGCACAACCUGGCCGUCAGCAACCAUGUCUUUCACCUGCGGCCCACGGUCCACCAGACACUGAUGUGGAGGUCUGACCUGGAGCUGCAGUUCAAGUGCUACCACCACGAGGACCGGCAGAUGAACACCAACUGGCCUGCGUCCGUGCAGGUCAGCGUGAACGCCACGCCCCUCACCAUCGAGCGCGGCGACAACAAGACCUCCCACAAGCCCCUGCACCUUAAGCAUGUUUGUCAGCCGGGCCGCAACACCAUCCAGAUCACUGUCACAGCCUGCUGCUGCUCCCACCUCUUCGUGCUGCAGCUGGUCCACCGGCCCUCCGUGCGCUCCGUGCUGCAAGGCCUCCUCAAGAAACGUCUCCUGCCCGCAGAGCACUGUAUCACAAAAAUCAAGCGGAAUUUCAGCAGCGUGGCUGCCUCGUCGGGCAACACGACCCUCAACGGGGAGGAUGGCGUGGAGCAGACGGCCAUCAAGGUGUCUCUGAAGUGCCCCAUCACAUUCCGGCGCAUCCAGCUGCCUGCUCGAGGCCACGACUGCAAGCACGUCCAGUGCUUCGACCUGGAGUCAUACCUGCAGCUGAAUUGCGAGAGAGGGACCUGGAGGUGUCCUGUGUGCAAUAAAACCGCUCUGCUUGAGGGCCUGGAGGUGGAUCAGUACAUGUGGGGUAUCCUGAACGCCAUCCAACACUCCGAGUUUGAAGAGGUCACCAUCGACCCCACGUGCAGCUGGCGGCCAGUCCCCAUCAAGUCAGACCUGCACAUUAAAGAUGACCCAGAUGGCAUCCCCUCCAAGCGGUUCAAGACCAUGAGUCCCAGCCAGAUGAUCCUGCCCAACGUCAUGGAAAUGAUCGCAGCCCUGGGCCCCGGCCCGUCCCCCUACCCACUCCCACCUCCGCCGGGGGGCACCAGCUCCAACGACUACAGCAACCAAGGCAACAACUACCAGGGCCACAGCAACUUUGACUUCCCCCAUGGAAACCCUGGCGGCACGUCCAUGAACGACUUCAUGCACGGGCCCCCCCAGCUGUCCCACCCCCCGGACAUGCCCAACAACAUGGCCGCCCUCGAGAAACCCCUCAGCCACCCCAUGCAGGAAACUAUGCCACACGCUGGCAGUUCUGACCAGCCCCAUCCCUCCAUACAACAAGGUUUGCACGUCCCACACCCCAGCAGCCAGUCAGGGCCUCCAUUACAUCACAGUGGGGCUCCUCCUCCUCCUUCCCAGCCUCCCCGGCAACCGCCACAGGCCGCUCCCAGCAACCAUCCACACAGCGACCUGACCUUUAACCCCUCCUCAGCCUUAGAGGGUCAGGCCGGAGCACAGGGAGCAUCUGACAUGCCGGAGCCUUCGCUGGAUCUCCUUCCAGAACUCACAAAUCCCGAUGAGCUCCUCUCGUACCUGGAUCCCCCUGACCUGCCGAGCAAUAGUAACGAUGACCUCCUGUCUCUCUUUGAGAACAACUGAAGCCCACCCCUCCAUUGGGGCCAUCCCUCCCCACUCUGCCUCCUUCCCCGUCUGUCCCCCACACACUUUACCACUGGGAGCCCAUGCCCUCAGACCGCCCCUGCUGCGGCCUUCUCAGAGUGGAGGGGCGGGAGGGUGCACUGUGAAGGCUGUGUGGGUCUGGUGCCCCUGCCCAGAGCAGGCCCUGAAGAUGACCCUCGCGGCGGGGAACCGGCCCGGCGAGAGGGCACACGCUGACGAAGGCAUCCGGUCCCUCUGUGUGUGCUGAUUCCAAACGACCCUCCAGUGCCCCCGAGGUUCUUCCGGUUUCUAAACUGUAAUCCUGCCUCCCUGCUUCCUGGCCCAGAGCCUCCUUCAAGUGACUGUGAGCCUGAGAGAGGGGCACCCCGAGACCCAGGCAGGCCCCACCCCCCAACCUUGGAGGAACAGUGACGGUUGGCGGCAGUGAGAACGGCCCACCCACCACCACCAUCACCCACCACAGAAAAGCACAAACCUCUGGGAAAGAGAACUCUCUCAGGGGCCAAGGUCAUCACUUUGACCCCUGACCUCUAAGCCAAGAUACCCUGUAAAAACACUCCUCUCUCAGAAAGCAGAGAAAAAGGACAAGAUUCUGUGUUUGAGAGAGGGUGUGCCAUUCCUGCUUGGGGACUGGUGGGAAAGGGGGUCAGGGCCUCCUCAAGAGCCAGGACAACACAGCUGGCCCCACGACCUCUGGACUCAGGCUGGGCGGGGGGGGGNCCUGGCCUUCCAGGGGCGGGGGCGCAGGACAGAGAGAGAGUACCCAGCCGAAAUUAUUGUGCCCUUAGUUGGGGGGCAGGGGGAUGCCGCCAGCCAGAGUCAGAUAGGAACUGCAACUUACAACUUUGCUCCAAGCCACUCCCUGUUUUUAAAUGACAAUUUAAUUAAGCUAUGAAGUCAUCUGAGAAAAGGGACGGUGGACUUGGACGGCAAGCAAAUCAUUUCUCUCCAUGCGUCCUGUUUCCUUCCUCCCACCCCCACCCGCCUCUCCCAGACUGUUACAUGGGACACCCGCUUCCCUCUGUCCCUGUUCUCCCUUGUCCACCCUGCCAGCCGGGGGCGCCGGUGGAGAGGCAGGGGAGGCGCGGGCUCGGGCGCCUGCGUAGCCUUGGCACCCCGGGCAUUGGCGUCUCUCCGGCCCGGCUGCCCCGUCUGUCCCUGUGCUCCAGGCUGCCCCGGCUGCACCCCAGUCCGUCACCACACGUGCCGGAAUGUGCCCGCCAGCAUCCCGUGGUGUUUCCGUGCCGCGCUUGGCUGCCGGCCUCUCCCUCCCUCCGUGUCCCUCUGCCCUGCAAAGCUGCCCACACUUCUGCUCGCUCGAGCAGAAGCAGCUUCUGGUUUUCCCUCCACUGCUUCGCUCCAUCCGGCUUACUGCUCUUGGAGUCUCCCGGGGAGCUUGUGUGGGUGUCCGUUUGGGGGGUCCUCUGUGCCCCCACCUAAGCCGCAUGGCCUGUGAUGCUGCUGGGCCGUCGGGUCACUUGGGUCACAUCUGUGAAUUUGUUGCGCCCCCUCCCUGCUGCUGCCUGGGGCCUCCUGCUUUCCGUCCACUGUCCCACGUUCUCAAUCUCCGUGUCUUCCCCCUUCCCCCCUCCCUGUGGCGGGUGGUCCCCAGCACUCCUCUGGAUUUGACCGGAACGGUGGCCCCAGCUGUUGAUUUUCCAAUCACUCUACCAGACAGCCGGCACAAGGUUCUCUGUAGGAAAGCUGCCAUGAUCCCCGCCCCCUUUUCCUUUGUCCCGUUGUCGAGGUUUUUUCAGACAGUGUGGUGUUCAGUAUGCAAAUCAAUUAUUUUAAGAAUUGCUUUUGUAAAUAUCUUUGUGAAUAUUUUAGUAUUGUCUUUGAUAAUAUUCAACAUUUUCAUGACCUGGUUAUAGCCUUUGCUGGUGUUUUUAAAAUACCUUGACUCAACAACAAAGACCGAGUCCUUUUUUUUAAAAAACAACAAACAAAAACAAAAAAGCAACCAGGGCUAUUUGUACAGAAGAAGGGACAAAGUACGUGGGUGAGUGAGAUCAGGCCUCCCGCUGUUCAGAGCCACCCCCAGUCGGCUGGUGGAGACUAGACGCUGCCAGGUAGCAUGUGGCCGUCCUUGCCCGGUGGCCGAGAGCCCUGGCAGGUGGCCACACUCUGUGUUAGGCCAUCUGGGAAUGUUCUGCCCCAGACAGACUUACAAAUGCCUUCCUUAGAAGUUCCUGCUUCCUGCUGUGCUGCUUUUUUCCCAGAAAGGCCUGGGGUCCAUUCUGGUUCUUAUCGGGUGUCCCCACUCUGCUCACCGACCUACCCACAGCUUUCUAGUAGCGGGUCGAUCUGCUCCCCACAGCCCGGGCUCUGGGCACCUCCCUCAGCCAUCGCCGUGGAAGCCAGGGCUCGGUCCCCUGAGGCAGGUUUCCGGGGGCCCCUCCCACCGAACCUCCACCAGCACGUUGGGCAAAGAACUUUCCUGAACCGCGGUGCCUGAAGCCCGUGCUCUGGGGACGUACUCUCCCAGAGUGAUUUUGGAGCCAGGCCAGGGGGGUGAGGGAGGCAGAAAGGUGUCCGGGGCUGGAUUAAGCCCCGGCUGGUGACAGAUUCAGGUGACAACAGCCUCCCUGAGCCAGGGCGGUUCUGAACUCUGGGGAGAUGCUUCCCUCAUCCUUUUGGACGACUACUUGGAGCCAUAAGUAACCUCAGCAAAAACGAGGCCUCAGCAAGCCGCUUCUCUAGGACAAGCAUUCACCCCGGCCAUAGACCCGUUUCCGCUGCCACCACAGGACGGACAGGGUGCCGGCGGGAAGGCCCGAGUACAGGCAAUCACCCCAUCUUCUUGGUUCGAAGCUUUACCCGUGUAUCAUGUUCCCUGUAGCCAUUUUAUUUUUUAAGAAACUUCUAAUACUUUCUCCCUCACGGAAGCCCGAAACCCCCCAGAGAGCUACCCGUCUGCUCCCUCGACCUGACCAUCUAGACAGGACGACGUCAGCAGCAGCGACUCAAGGGACAAGGGACGUGUGUACAUAUGUAAAUGAGAAAUAGAGACACAUUAACAGAUGCAUUCAUUUCCCUUGGAAUGUGUAUUGUUUUUAUUUUACGGAACAAAACAAAACAAAAAAAAAAGGCUUGGAACUCCAUCUUAACGUGGAAAAACUAGAACCUGUUUGUUAGCGUUUGUGAGGUCUCUCUCCACAUUUGUCUCAUGUAAUAUACUCUGACCCUGCGUGGAAAGGAGUUUUUGUUCUGUUCUGUUUUUAUUUUACCCACAUGUACUUAGCUUCAGUGUACUAGUCCUGCCACCUGUGUAUUUUUAGGGUGCUAUGGAAAUAAUGAAAAGAAACGGGGAUUUCAGAAGAAAAUUGUAACCAAAUUCAUACUUUGUAUAAUUUUUGAUAUCAUGAUUGCAGGUGAUUCACACGUACACACAUAAACACACCCACAGUGCAGCCUGAAGUAACCCCCACAGAAACCGUCAUCGUCCUUGUACAUCUAUGUACAAUGCAAUCAUUUCAUACUUUAAACUGGUCAGAAAACUAAUUGUGAUUUCUAGUCUUGCAAAGCUGUAUGUAGUUAGAUGAUGUGACAACCUCUAAUAUUUAUCUAAUAAAUAUGUAUUCAGAUGAAACCUGUAUAUUAGGUGUUCAUGUGGUCAUUUUGUAUUUAAAGAUCAAAUUAUUUGACUAUUGCUAGACAUUUCUAUACUCCGUUGUAACACUGAGGUAUCGCAUUUGCCCAUGUUAACUGUUUUCUAAAUAAAUUGACAAAAAAUGAA